AUGCGUCAUGGAGAGUACCAGAUGGUCCAAUCAGCUAUUUUAGUCACACGCCAAAAAUCUGAAUGUGAUUCGCAGAAGAUGGCGACCGCUUUGGUGGUGUCAACUUCAGUUCCCACCAAUCCUGAGAAGGAAAAAUGUGACACACAAAUUCCAAAGGUUGUGAAUUCAGAAGUAUACAUCAAGCACCCUUUACAAAACAGGUGGGCUCUUUGGUUUUUCAAGAAUGACAAAAGCAAAACAUGGCAAGCCAAUCUUCGCCUCAUCUCCAAAUUUGACACAGUGGAAGACUUCUGGGCAUUAUACAAUCACAUUCAGUUAUCAAGUAACUUGAUGUCUGGCUGUGACUACUCGCUCUUUAAGGAUGGCAUCGAGCCCAUGUGGGAGGAUGAGAGGAAUCGACGAGGUGGUCGCUGGCUGAUUACUCUGUCCAAACAGCAACGUAGAGCAGACCUGGAUCGGUUCUGGUUGGAGACGCUCUUGUGCCUUGUGGGUGAAGCUUUUGAUGACUACAGUGAUGAUGUGUGUGGAGCUGUCAUUAAUGUCCGAGCCAAAGGAGAUAAAAUAGCAAUAUGGACCACAGACUACGAAAACAAAGAAGCCAUCACACACAUAGGGCGUGUGUAUAAAGAGAGAUUAGGCGUUCCACCAAAAGUGAUCAUCGGGUACCAAUCACAUGCAGACACAGCCACAAAGAGCGGCUCUUCAACCAAGAACAAGUUCGUUGCCUGAGGACAGACGAUGUUUUUUUUCUGUUGCCAGUUUAAAUUUUCUGUCAUCUUUCUAUGAAUGUAUCUGACAUGUUUGUCUAACAAGAAACAUUUGGAGCAGAGAUAAAGUUGCCUCUUCUUUGUUGUUGUAUUUGUUGCCACGUUACCAAAGCAAUUGUUUACAGCGAGAUUCUGUGCAGUUACAAUGUAGCACUUUUGUAUGACAACUUCUUUUUUGUUGUGUUGGAGGGCUGAGAAUGAGUAAAAGAUGUUUUGAAACCUAAGUUAAAUUUAUAAAUGCACUUGAAUAUUGUUGAAUUUAUUCAUCCAACCUAUGGUGUAAAGCAGUUAGUUUAAGAAUUGAGGAAAAGCAUAAAAAUCUUGUACCUUGAUUCAAAAUGUUGCUUUUUGUUAUCAAACAUGCAGAGAUGUAUUUCUUUCGGUGCAGCUCUCAACAAUAACCAGGAUAUUUGAAGAUGACUAAAGCAAACUUACAAAUUUAAAGGGAAAUAAACCUAGUUUUGUUGUAAUUUCAGCAGAUUUAGAUUAUUUUGCCACUUUAGUGCUGUUGUUUUUUAAGUUUUACUUUACUUGUUAAGCACUCUUUGCUGAAGUUCCAAAUACAACGACUGAGGUUGAACUCCUCUGUUUUUUAGCAAGCAGCUUGUGCAAUAUCUGAAGAGGAAAAUUUAAGAUGUUUACUCCUUCUGGUGCCUCUUUGUUCUUACUUUAAAGCAUGGUUUAUUUUAAGCAGUGCUUUGAAUUUAGUGCCAAUGAAAAAUCAUUUUCUAACUCUUGCUAUUUCUACCUGAAAGCUCACAUUUUUCAUUAUCACUUUUGGCCAUUUUUUGUUUUUCAGAGGAUGGAAAGAUGUUUAUACAUAGAAAAGUCUGUGUCACAAUGUAUCUUAAAAAAAGGAAGUUGUCUUAGUUCACAUAAUUUAAGGUAUUCUCUUUUCCUGAUGUGUGCACAAGCCAUGAUAGGUUGCCAAGUGUUGAUUGAGUGCAUAUAACUUUUGUUUUCCUGGUGCAUAAAUGAUGUAUACCUUUUGUCUCCACACCAUUUUGUUUGGUUCAUGACAUGCAAUAAAAGUAUUUGUUUGGAGGGUUUAAA